GCGGUCGGGCCGCGGGAAGGGUGUGGGGCCCGCCCCGCCUCGGCCGGGGUGGAUGAAGUGAGGGGCUUGAACUGGGUGACGCUGAAGGACCCUGCUAGAGUUGACAGGCUUCGCUCAGGUCGGGCGCCUGGCGAUACGGAUCGGACACAGGGCUUCUUCCCCGGGGAGGCAGGUGUAGGAAAUCUUUGGGGUCUCUGGAGGAACCCGGAGAAAAAGAGCUGUAGCUGCUUCCCCAAGGGAGGCCUGAGGGCCUGUCCUGGAAGCGCGGGUGGUAGAGUGUUUUCGGAGCCAACCCCGUCGUUUCUCUGCACGGGGUACCCGAGAUAGCUUUAGCCUGCGGGAAUCGCCCCUCCGUAGGUUCUUCUUUAACACUCUUUGUUCAGUGGCCUAGUCUUUCAGAGAAGGGAGCACUCGCUGUUGGAGCAGAGUAACCUCCUCUCCCAGGACUACAAAGCCGAGAGUAUAAACGUUGAGCUCGGAGGUUUCUCUGACCAGAUGUAAAGUUGUCACACCGAGAAGCGCCCCUGGACCUAGGGAAAGGCCUUUGUGAUCCACACUUGAGGCGUAUUUACAUUUGACCUAUUCCAUUGCAGAUUUAUAAAGCUUCUUUCAACUGUCAUCAUCCAAAUUAAACACUGGGCUGAACAACACCCUUGCUCUGGGUUCUCUUCAGUCUAUAUUUGGCCUCAAGUUCUCUUGAAAGCUUCCUUCCUUUAUUUAAUUUAGAUGAAUAAGUCUUUCUUAGUUCAUAGUUUCCUUAAUAAUUCAUUAUAACUCCAUCAGAUGAGUAUUUGAUGUGAAUUAGACUUGUCAAAUGUGCUUAAGUCCCAAUACCACUAUCCCCUUGCUUUUGACCUUAAGCAAGUCGCUUGACCUCUGUGGGCCUGAGUAUUCUGUCUGUAGCAUAAAGCCUUUAAAUUAGGCCAUCUUUCAUGCUUCUUCCUCUUUAAAACGUCUGUGAUUCUGUGACUUCCAUGGCCCACCAUUUGCCCCUUCCCACUCUUCACCAUUUAAACCCACUCUCUGUCUCUCCAGAGAGUAAGUCCCUUUCACUAAAGCAGCCUGGUUUGAAAAAGCUGGUAGUCUCUAAACUGUCUCUUCCCUAGACAAGAAAAACUCCCUGAACUACUAUUUCUUCUUGGGACAGCAGCAGGAACCAAGCAACAACAGCCCUUGGAGAAAGGCUAAGUUUUUCUUGACUUCUGCGGUGACAGAAACCUUAAAAGAAAGCUGGUACUUCUGACCCUCGCUGCCAUCAUCCUACCACCAAGCCCAGGACAGCCCAGGCUGAACAUUAGUUGCUCCCUCUGGACUCUUCUGUGAUCAUCCCGAUCAGCACCUGUUUUCUUUUCAAAUUUCACAAACCCAGUCCUCAGAUCUUCAUAUUCUGGUUCUCAGCUGCCCUUGAAGGACACAGUGACUUGUCACCACCGCAGCAGCAGAGUCUACCAUCUCCAGCAGAUCUCCUGUCAGCUCCUGACAUUGCCCUCUCCAUUGUCUCCCUUUGUGGCCUCCUAAAUGCCCAUCUCGUUGGCCUGGGUUCAACUGGUAGUAUGGAGGGAUGCUGCCUAGCACUGACCUGGGAGUGUGAGUGACCCACUGACCCAAUGGACAUCAAAGGCCAGUUCUGGAAUGAUGAUGAUUCGGAAGGAGAUAAUGAAUCAGAGGAAUUUCUCUAUGGGGUUCAGGGGAGCUGUGCAGCCGACCUGUAUCGACACCCACAACUUGAUGCAGAUAUUGAAGCCGUGAAGGAGAUCUACAGUGAGAACUCUGUAUCCAUCAGAGAAUAUGGAACUAUCGAUGACGUGGACGUUGACCUCCACAUCAACAUCAGCUUCCUUGAUGAAGAAGUCUCUACAGCCUGGAAGGUCCUCCGGACAGAACCUAUUGUGUUAAGGCUGCGAUUCUCUCUCUCCCAGUACCUUGAUGGACCAGAACCGUCAAUUGAGGUUUUCCAGCCAUCGAAUAAGGAAGGGUUUGGGCUGGGUCUUCAGUUGAAAAAGAUCCUGGGCAUGUUCACAUCCCAACAAUGGAAACAUCUCAGCAACGAUUUCUUGAAGACCCAGCAAGAAAAGAGGCACAGUUGGUUCAAGGCAAGUGGUACCAUCAAGAAGUUCCGAGCUGGCCUAAGCAUCUUCUCACCCAUCCCCAAGUCUCCCAGUUUUCCUAUCAUACAGGACUCCAUGCUGAAAGGCAAACUGGGUGUACCAGAGCUUCGAGUUGGGCGCCUCAUGAACCGUUCCAUCUCCUGCACCAUGAAGAACCCCAAAGUGGAGGUGUUUGGCUACCCUCCCAGCCCCCAGGUCAGUGGUCACUGCAAGAACAUUCCCACUCUGGAGUAUGGCUUCCUCGUUCAGAUCAUGAAGUAUGCAGAGCAGAGGAUUCCGACAUUGAAUGAGUACUGUGUGGUGUGCGAUGAGCAGCACGUCUUCCAGAAUGGCUCCAUGCUCAAGCCAGCUGUCUGUACUCGUGAACUGUGCGUCUUCUCCUUUUACACACUGGGAGUCAUGUCUGGAGCUGCAGAGGAGGUGGCCACUGGAGCAGAGGUAGUAGAUCUGCUGGUGGCCAUGUGCAGGGCAGCUUUGGAGUCCCCUAGGAAGAGUAUCAUCUUUGAGCCUUAUCCCUCUGUGGUGGACCCCACUGAUCCCAAGACUCUGGCCUUUAAUCCUAAGAAGAAGAAUUAUGAGCGACUUCAGAAAGCUCUGGAUAGUGUGAUGUCCAUCCGGGAGAUGACCCAGGGUUCAUAUUUGGAAAUCAAGAAGCAGAUGGACAAGCUGGAUCCCCUGGCCCAUCCUCUUCUGCAGUGGAUCAUCUCUAGCAACAGGUCACACAUUGUCAAACUACCUCUCAGCAGGCAGCUGAAGUUCAUGCACACCUCACACCAGUUCCUCCUGCUGAGCAGCCCUCCUGCCAAGGAGGCUCGGUUCCGGACCGCCAAGAAGCUCUACGGCAGCACCUUUGCCUUCCAUGGGUCCCACAUUGAGAACUGGCAUUCGAUCCUGCGCAAUGGGCUAGUCAAUGCAUCCUACACCAAACUGCAGCUGCAUGGAGCAGCCUAUGGCAAAGGCAUCUACCUGAGCCCCAUCUCCAGUAUUUCCUUUGGAUACUCAGGAGGAAGAACUUGGCAAUUCAAGCUUUAAGGCUCCCAUUGCACUGAGGUUUAUUCAGGCCAUAAAUCUGUCGGGAGACUUCACAGUGAGUGCAGGAGGAAUUGACCAUCUGAGCAGGUGAGAAUGUUGGUCCAGUGAUUUCCACCCCCACUUCUAUACAAUGGCUGUCACUGAACCAGAAGUUGAAGCAGAGUGGAGUUGGCAAUAAUAGAAAGUUUGGGAUGGAGUCAUGAGAUUGCUUAUUGCUCUUUAUGGCCUGUAAUCGUAGCAUCAUUUCUACCCUUUUGUGACAAGCCUGGGCCUGUGAUAAAGCUGAGGAUAUAGUCUGAACUCCUGUCCCCAGGCCAAAAAGGGUUGGGAGUAGGGGCACACAAGCAGUAUUUCACAUCUAAAUCAGGAAAAUUCAGGUUGAGUCUGUAUUAAUAAGCAGGACUAUUCAGUGGGGGUGAGUGUGGUGGAGGGUUUAUGGAUUUAGAUAUGGUAGGAACUGGAGAGAAUCGACACCCCUUUCUAGUCAGGGAAGACUUCCUGAAGUAGGCAGGAUUCUUUAAGGUAGUUGCCAUACUAAUUACCUGUAGAAAAGUAUUCGUCACUGAACUUCUGUGCUUUCUCCCUUAUCUCUUGAAUGACAUUGGUCAGUUUUUUACAUAACCUUGACACUAGAGCAGAUCUGACUUACUGUGCUUGCUUCCUCCCCACCUCAUUUCUCUUAGCUCUGCAUUUGAUACCCAGGUGUUGAUGUCCCCCUCCUGGGCCCCUCAUUUCAUGUGUUACUCUCCUCUCUCAGAGCCUUCAGUGUUUCUCUGUUCCUUUCAGGAUAAACUUGUUACCUUAACAUGGCCUCCAAAGCCCACUUCAUCUGGUCCUAGCUCACCUCUUCCAAGUCAUCUCUCACUACUCCUCUGCCAUUAACUCUGCUCCAUGCAGACUGAAGCAGUAUGCUUUAUCUUUCCUCCGGCCUUCCAUAGCCUAUACCUCUGCCCAGAACACUUCUUCAUUAACUCUUCCUGAUCCUGUAGUUCUCAGCCUAACUGUCAUUUCCACCAGAAAACCUUCUCCAAACCUCGAGGCUAGGCUGGUUCCCCUCCUCUGGCUCACACAGUGCUCUGUAUGUUCCCAUCACAACUUUUAAGCAAACUGCCAUAUCUUUCUCCCGUGGAGCACCUAGUGGGUUUGAAUUGCUGACCUUUUGAUUAGCAGCCAAGCAUUUAACCACUGUGCCACCAGGGCUCCUUGAUCCUUAACAUACUGUAUUGUAAUUACCUGUUCCUUGCCUGUAGUUUCCACCAGACUAAAUUCUGCGAGGGCAAAUGUCUUGUUUUAGUCACCACUGUAUUGACAAGUGCCUAGCUCAGUGCCAGGCACAUAGUGGUUACUUCAGUAAAUAUUUGAUGAAGGAA